UUUCCGGCGGAAGUGGCCUCAACAAGGGAAACUUUAUUGUUCCCGUUGCAGUGGCGAGAAUGUCGGUGAAUUACGCGGCGGGGCUGUCGCCGUACGCAGACAAGGGCAAGUGCGGUCUCCCCGAGAUCUUUGACACCCCCGAGGAGCUGGAGCGGAAAGUGUGGGAGCUGGCGAAGCUGGUCUGGCAGUCCUCCAACGUGGUGUUCCACACGGGCGCCGGCAUCAGCACCGCCUCAGGCAUCCCCGACUUCAGGGGCCCCCAUGGCGUCUGGACGAUGGAGGAGCGGGGCCUGGCCCCCAAGUUCGACACCACCUUCGAGAACGCUCGGCCCACACAGACCCACAUGGCGCUGGUUCAGCUGGAGCGUGUGGGCCUGCUCCACUUCCUGGUCAGCCAGAACGUGGACGGGCUGCACAUGCGCUCCGGCUUCCCCAGGGACAAGCUGGCGGAGCUCCACGGGAACAUGUUUGUAGAAGAAUGUGUCAAGUGUAAGAUGCAGUACAUCCGGGACACUGUCGUGGGCAGCAUGGGCCUCAAGGCCACAGGUCGGCUCUGCACUGCGGCCAAGGCGCGGGGGCUGCGGGCCUGCAGGGGCCAGCUGAGGGAUACCAUCCUGGACUGGGAGGAUGCCCUGCCGGACCGGGACCUCACUCUCGCCGACGAGGCCAGCAGGAACGCAGACCUGUCUGUCACGCUGGGCACCUCUCUGCAAAUCCGGCCCAGCGGGAACCUGCCCCUUGCCACCAAGCGCCGCGGAGGCCGGCUGGUCAUCGUCAACCUUCAGCCCACCAAGCAUGACCGCCAGGCGGACCUGCGUAUCCACGGCUACGUGGACGUGGUCAUGGCCCAGCUCAUGAAACACCUGGGCCUGGAGAUCCCCGCCUGGGACGGCCCCCGCGUGCUGGACAAGGCGCUGCCCCCGCUGCCCCGUCCGCCAGCCCCCAAGCUGGAGCCCAAGGAGGAGCCCCCUGCCCAGCUCAAUGGCCCAGAGCCCGCCAGUCCCAAGGAGGAGCCCACAGCCGAGUGCCUCGCCCAGCACAACGGCACCGGACCCGCCAGCCUCAAAAGGGAGCUGCUGGACAGUGCUGGCCCACACAGGCCCCUCAAAAGGGUAAAGGCCGAGGUGGUUCCCAGCUGACCAGGGGCCCCAGGGAGAGGGGGCUUUUUGUAGAAACUGUGGAUUCGUUUUUUUCUUACCGUUUCUUUCUCACUUUGUCACUUGUCCCUGACCUGGGGGAGACCUCAGGGCGCUGAGAUCAUGCUCCGGACCUUGGGCAGACUCACCCUCCGUGGGCCCCCUGUGGCUCUAGGGGCCUCUAGGGGGAGGAGUAGCCACACCUUGGACCUUGACCUUGGAGCUGACACUGCAGGCACCUGCUCCUCCCCCUAGCCCCAGCCCCAGCCCCAGCCCCUAACUCAGGACCUUCUGGGAAGGUGUGGCCAGACCUCCUUCAAUUUCUGGCCUAAACCAGGGUUAACUUCCCUGCCCUGGCCCUCGCACCCCCAACCCCUGCCUCCCUAAACUGCCUUCACAGUCCCUUCAGGAGGGAAGGGAGCCGGACUUCUUGGUGGGACAGACAGUCGAGGCUCACACUGCCUUUGGAGCGAGAGGGAGAAAGGGGUUCCCCCUGGCUCCCCUCCAGGCUUCCAGAAAAAUCUUCGAUGCAAUAAAAGCAGAACUUCUUGCA